GUAUUAAUGUUAGGUAAUUGUGUAACCUACGAUUCAACGUCGAUGUACACUAGGAGAAAAUAUAUAAACAGAUAUUUAAGUUAAAGUGAUGAGCCGUAUUACAUCUCUGUUGCGAAGAACAUUUGGAGUGGUAAAAGAGCAUGUCGGCACAGAUCAUUUAGGAAAUAAAUAUUACUACAUACCUGAGCAGAAGUCAUGGACUGGACGGGUCAGCCGGCCCAGACGCCUAGUAGAAGCAGCCAAUCCAAACGAGUUCGAGUACAUGGAAGGAAACAUUCCUUCUGAAUGGGAUGCUUGGAUCAGGGGCAGGCGGAAGCAGCCACCUACAAUAGAGGAGUUACUACAAAAUGAACGUUACAGGGAGCAGAUCAAAGUCAGAGCUAUAGAGGCAGAGGAGAAGGAUAAAACCCUGCAGGCCAAAGAAUAUGAGGAAGGUUUGGUGACCCAACCUGUUCAGACUCAGGUCAAAGGUCAUGCUUCUGCCACACAGUUUGGACAGACUGAAUUCAGUGAGGACCCUGUAAGCACUGCUAACACAUUCCAGCCUGGGUCCUGGACACCUCCAGGAAGCAAGAAAUAGGUUUAUUUGAAACCUCCUUUGCUGUCUUCAAGUUAAUUUGCAAUUUAAGUGAUAUGGUAGUUCUGCUCAGCACUCGGUGUAGGUGAGUUUCUUCAUCCAAACAGAUUUGGAGAAUUUGGAGUCCAAACAGCUGAUGAAAACACGACAAUACAACAUCGCAAAGGUCUUGUGAAUUGAAAAGCUCAGCAUUAAGAUGUUAAACUUAAACUUCAAACCAUUGCUUCCAGGUAAAUUAUGAGUCCUCUAUCUAUAAUAUUGCCUCCUCCUUGUCUAAAUCAAGAGCCAAAGCAGUUCUAAACAAAUAUGUCAGUCGAUUUUUUUGUGAGAGGAUGACGGGUGUGGCCUUUUUCACUGGAGGAAGCAUUAUUACUGAUUCUAGACUUUAAAGUGAAAACUUCAAAGUUAAAAUGCAUUUUUUCACUUCACAAGACAUUAAUUGAUGGGCUGGAGUCAUGUCAAUUAUGUGCACUAUUAUGAAGUUAUCUCACGGAAACUAUCUCUGUAGAGGAUCAACUGAAUAGUUUCUCCAAAUCUGUUCUGAUGAAGAAACAAACUCAUCUAAAUCUGUGUAAAAUUAUGUAAAGUAAAAAAUAUAUGCUGCUAAUUUUCUGAGAGUUCUGGUUCAGUAUUAUUUCAAACUCAAAUCUCCAAAUGUUGUAGAACAUUUUAUGCAUUGUUUAAUCGAAAUGAUAUUUCAGAUGUGCUGUCUCGACAUAUUGAAAACUAUUAAUAUCAGUAGAGACUUAUUGAAUAUUAUUUCUGUCUAUUUCCUUUUGCACUUUACUUAGAAAAUGUGUAAAUAAAAGUUGCAGCUGCACUUAUCAAAAAAAAUGUGUUUAUCCAUAA